AUGACCCGCCAAGAUCGCGCCCCAACAGCCCCAUACAGCGAGCCUCUGCUCCCCCAACUCGACGUUAAAAAUCCAUACUAUACCGACCUCCACCACAGUCUUCGCGCAUAUGUGCGCAAUUAUGUAGAAUCAUCAAUUGCCCCUUACGCUCAUGAAUGGGAAGCCGCAGGCCAAGUCCCCGAAGCCGUCCGUCGGCGGCACUGUGAACUGGGGUUUGGAAUCAUUCAUCCCCUAACAACUGUCGAAGAUGCCGCCGGACUAUCCCUGCCCAACAACGUCCCGCGCGAGAAAUGGGAUACAUGGUGUUCGCUCAUUGUGGCUGAUGAGCUCAUCCGGACCGGAUAUGUAGGUGUGAUUUGGGGACUGGGGGGUGGGAAUAAUAUCGGAUGUCCGCCAAUUGCACGGUUUGGCACACCGGAGCAGAGGCAGAGGUGGCUUCCGAGGGUUGCUAAGGGGGAUGUUCGGUUUUGUUUGGGGAUUACGGAGCCUGAUGCUGGAUCGGAUGUGGCUAAUAUUUCGACGACGGCGAGGCGCGAAGGAGAUUGCUACGUUGUGAAUGGGGCGAAGAAAUGGAUCACCAAUGGUAUAUGGGCUGACUAUUGUACUGCUGCGGUGAGGACCGGGGGCCCCGGGAAGGGUGGUAUUAGCUUGCUUGUGAUUCCUUUAGCGGCUCCUGGAGUGACGCGAAGAAGGAUGUACAAUUCUGGGGUUCAUGCUAGUGGUAAGGGGGCCCUUAUCUGUCCUUCUAAUGCCUUCGUCUUGUCACCAACAUGCAAUGUGAUAGGGUCCACAUUCAUCGAACUAGAUGAUGUCCGGGUCCCGGUAGACCACCUCAUUGGAGAGGAAAACAAAGGCUUUCCACUCAUCAUGUCAAAUUUCAACCCCGAGCGUCUCAGCCUCGCCUGUGCUUCAUUACGUCUAGCUCGCGUGUGUGCCGAAGAUGCCUUCCAUUACGCCACCCAGCGCGAGACAUUCGGCGCCCCGUUGAUAACAAGACAGGCCAUACAGUCGAAAAUAUUCAAGUUCGGGCUCAUGAUCGAGCCCGCAUACGCAUUCUUGGAACAGCUUGUUAAUAUCAUCGAGCUUACCAAGGAUAGACCCACCGAUGAUGUCCGGAUUGGAGGUAUGACUGCGUUGCUCAAAGUGAUGUCUACCAGGGCGCUGGAGAAGAGCGUUAGAGAAGCUCAACAGAUACUUGGCGGUGCUGGGUAUAAUAAGGCUGGGAAGGGGGCACGUAUUGAACAGAUUAGUCGUGACGCCCGUGUUCAUGUUGUUGGGGGUGGGAGUGAGGAGAUCAUGAUGGGUCUUGCGCUGCAGGAGGAGACUAAAGCGCUUCGUACGAGACGGAAGGCCUUGGAGAAGAAGGCGAAGCUUUAA